AUGGCUGAGGAGGACAAGAUGACCACUCCCAGCAAGCCCUUGGCUGCUCUCAACUCACCUAACAGCCCCCGAGCCGAGUCGCCGACUACUGCGCGUCCCAUGGACUUUGACGAUGAGCCGCAGGAGAGCGGAGUUAUCACUUCCUCACCUGCGGCUGCUCAACCCCCCGCUGCGGAAGCAGCCCCGCCAAAGCCGCCCCGGCCCCUGAGCCCGAGAGAACAGUCCGAGAACACACUUAAGGAGGCAUUUCCAAGCAUAGAGCCUGGGGUCAUAAAGGCUAUCUUGGUUGCGAGCAAUUGGAAUGUCGAGCGGGCCUUUAACGCCCUUCUGGGCAUGACCGACCCCAAGGCCCAAGAAGAGAUGGCACCUCCCCCGAAGCCUCCCCGCCCAAGUCAGGCCACUGCUCAGCAGCGACAGCUGGAAGCCGACGAAAUGUAUGCCCGUCAGCUAUCCGAACACUACCAGUCGAGGAGCCGCGCUCCACCGCCCGGCUGGGAAAGCGACCCCAGAUACCAGCGCCCCAGAGGAAGCGAGGAGUCAGAAGAGAGGGAAUACAGCUUCUUUGAUGAUGAUCUACCUGUGAUCCGUGAAAACCUCCGUAAGGGGUUUUUGGACACACAGAAUAAAGUUAAUUCCUGGGUUACGAACCUGAAGAAGAGAAUCGAUGGCGAAGAACCAGAUGAGGGGCCCCCCAACAAUCAAAGAGAGACCCCCGCGUACGGCCGGCCCCGACGCAGUGGUGAUAUGGGACGUCGCAGUGGAGAUCGCGAACGAUAUGACGCAGACCCACAGGUCCUCGGUGACGAUUUCUCUGCCCUCGAGUUGAGAGACGGCGAAGCUCCCCCGCCUCGCCCUCCCCGCCCCAACAUUAAGACAAGCGCUUCGCCUUCGCCCGAUAGGCGCAAGGUGUCUUUCCAGGACGGACCACCUACUGAGAUUGACAACAUCUACGAUGCCCCUUCCGCCAAGCGCAACAGUUCAACCGGUAGCAAGUCAAGCAAAUGGCAACCGUUGUCUACCGUCGAGCCCUCUCCCGUUGCUGAGAACGAUCCGUUCAGCCUCGGCGACAGCGAUGAUGAGAAGGAUACCAAGACAAAGGAGCAAACCGCCGUCCCUGAGAGUGGCAAUCUCCAUAAGGCUACCGUAGAGCCAACGGUGGAUUCCUCCAAGGGCGCCAUCAAGCCCGAAGAGUCGAAAUAA